AUGGCUCAGCAUGUCGCUCCAGCGUUGGACGUAAGUGCAUCAGCCUAUACCAAUUGCAUUGGGUAAUCACCGUAAACGAAUGAGGGGAUCACUUCCACCAAUGGGCUCGAAAUAAUAACUAAUGGAUCACUUGAGCUGCUCUGUAACUUAAAAUUAAUUGUAUGAAAAGGUUUAACUUCUGUUUUGGUCUCCACUCUUAUGAUACAACACGCACUUUAUCCCAGUCUAGAAGGAUUUGGCAGAGGCCAACACUUCCCCUUGAUCCUUUAAAAUGGUCAUGUGGACCAGAUGUGAUUGCCAUGGUCAUAACACAUGGUAUGCUUGUGAGAUGGGCUUCAGAGCCUCCGUAAGAUAUGAAAAUAAAAAAAAAUAAAAAAAAGAUUUUUAAUUGUAAGUGAAUACCUGUUAAAGACGUCAGUACUCACUCUGAUUUUAUCUGCCAGUUUAAAUUAGCCACACUCAGCUAUGAUUACAAGAUUAAAGGUUCAUCCUGGUGGGAGCUAUCCUAGUUUCAAUUGCCUGAAGCUACCAAGAGUGUAGCUCAACUCCCUCUUAAAUAGGAUGAUAUCCCAUUGCACCUACCUCCUCUCCCCACAAUUUUAUCAGGUUCCUGCAAAAUUUUUUCCCUGCAAAUUUACUCAGACCCUAGAUUAUCAACCCCCCUUUCUUGGAGAGAUUGGGUACAGCCUGAACAAGAACACAACAUUGUGACCAAGCUUUGGCUACAACCCCAGCCUUUCAGUCCAGAGUCCAGCUCUGUUUAUCCACUUGUCAAUGACCUGAUCCCCUGACUAGACUAAGCUCACUCACAGGGGCCUAACUAUACUUUUUUGGUCUGGAAAAAUGUUGAUUGUGUAUGUUGGUUGUCUGGGUGAGAGUAGUCCUGAGAAAGACUGUUGUGGAUUUACUAAGUAGCAUUAAUGACAUUCUGACAACCCUAGCAGAAGUUAUCAUCAGAGUUAAACAAAGAGUUGUUGCCAGUCAAGUUAUAAUAGUGGUCCAUGUAAACUGACUGGCCAGGGUUACUGUGAUUUUAUGGGCUGCAUCUGACCCCAAAAAAUAUAAAUUGAAUGAAAUUAAGAUAAUUGCAAUGUAUUACUUUUGUUUGGUAUCUUAUUUAUUGUCAAAUGUGUAAAUGUUUUCCCCAUUAGGAUGUUAUCAGUAAUACUGUGGACAUUUUCCACAAUUACUAUAAGUGUGACUAUCCAAAAAGCCCACAAGUAAAGGAUGGAUUGAAGCGUCUUCUAAAUGAAAGAUACAGGGAUGAUGUCAAAAGCUUCAUUGACCACUUUGUUCAUCCCACACAAAGUCUUCUUAGCAGUUUGGAGGAAGAGGCACAGUAUAACUUUUGCUCUAAUUAAUCAUUUAUUUUUGUUAUUUUACACUGUAGUUGGGAUGAACUUUGGAAUGAUGGUAAAUAAUGUACAUAGUGUAAUGAUUUGCCGUGGGUGAGGGCUGAGCCUUGCAAUUACAUUGUACUACCAAAGUUUAAAUGCUAUGAAACUGUAUAGUUCAGUUGUUUCCAGAGUGACACUGGUUGUUCAAGACAUAUGAAUAUUAUUGAGAAAAGACUGUUUUAGGUGUUCUAAGUUUUUUAAAAGCAGCUCUCAAAGGUGGAUCUUUCUAAAUCAUAGUGCUCUAUAGCUCAAGUGCUAUCCUUGCUAAGGCAAUUACACUACUGUAGCAUGUUGCAUCAUUCUGUGUCCAAAUAUUAGUGAGAUGAUAAGAAAACUCAAUGGAGAUUUAGUUACCAAAAAUCUGUGUAAACUCAGCCAUGUAGCCAAAUGUUCCCUUACUACACACCUGUUACAUGAAUACGAGACUGAAAAGCAUGACCUCAUGACUUCUUAUGUCAUGCAGCACAACUACAUGGUAGAAUUUUGUUUUAAUAUAAAGUGAUGAUCACUCAAUUUUAUAUUUUCCACUGUAGAAGUUUCCCCUUUGCUUACCCAAUGGCAAAGUAGUUCUUCAUCUGGUUCCUCCUUUGACCAAAUUGGCAGUUGGGGAGUUCUUUUACCAGGUGGGUCUCAUUAGAACAAGUGGGUUCAGUAAUAAUGUAUAUGGACCUGUAUUACAAUAGCUGAUAAUGAAACUACUAUCUGAAAUGCCCACAUGUAAAAAAUUCUACUUGGCAGUUCCAUGUCAAUCAGACAUUUUGAAACUGAUCUUGUGACUUUUUUCUUCUUUUCCACUGUCACAUGUAGGUGGGCCAUACUAAUCCACGCACUUUAGUUGUUAAAUUUGCAAAAUACGAGCAGAGAGGGACUAAAGUGAAUGAAUUGCAGCGCUCAACAGUUCCCGAAGAUGACCAUGACAUUGCAUUCACCAAAGAGUACUUUGACCAAAUAAGGAGUGAGGUUCCUGAUGGACUGGGAGAUGUUCUGAUGCGUACCCUUGUUGUCAUGGGUAAUCCAAACUGGACGGUUCAGAAAGAAGGUGCAGCAAAUCACCUUGGGAAUGUAAGUUGAAUUGUGGUAAUUUCUUUUCUAUCUUGUUCGUUCAUAGCAGAUUUAAUAAUGAUCAAGAGAGAGGGGAAAGUGAAAAAUUAUGAAGGAUUAUGUAAUAACCAUCUGUUAUAUGCAGAAAAUAAAGUUACGCUUCUCUUUUGAACAAAUAGUUAAAAGUGGCCUAUCAAUGUUUUCGAACAGUCAGAAGAUCACCUGCCCAGAAUAGAUUUCAAAAUAUUAGAGAAAGGGUGUGUUGUUUGAAUUAGUGUGUAUCAUCGCACUUUGGAGUUAAUUAUACUUGAACUACUACAAAAUUAUGGUGAAAUUGGCAAUGGUAGAAGUCUACACUACUCUGUGCAAAAUGUUGACAACAUUUCUGAAUUCUCAGUUCAUACUGAUCAGUUAUUGAUUCCUAAAGACUUCAUGCCUCCUCUAGAGAACUUAGUGUUCCCUGUAUUGUGUGGCAAGACCAAGGGAAAAACAGACUUGUGUCUUACCUGAUUUAAUGAAUGUUUCAUCAUAUUCAUAAGUCAUAUUCAUUUGUAAAUAUAUUACAUGAAAAAUAUAUUAAUCAAUAGCAAUGUCUUCCUUAGUGUCCAACAGAAAGGCAUAGCAGGUUGAGGUCAGAGUCCCAUCUGUCUGUUCAGGAAAGCUGCGAUGAUGAUUCAAGCACUAUGUCGGAGCCCAAUUCUCCAACAGAAAAUGAUGAUGUUUACCCAUCAACAGAUGGGGUAUUUGUGCAUACCAAUGGUUGUGACAAAGGAAAAUAA